AUGUCGAGGGUGAAGAGAAUUUCGAAAGAAUUGGAAGAUGUUAAGAGGGACAAACUGUCACACGUCACACUUGUGCCCGUUGACGAAGAUAAUCUUGAGCACUUGAAAGGUACGUUUGAAGGCCCACCAGGAACACCAUAUGAAGGUGGGCUUUUUGAGGUUGAUAUUAAGAUACCAGAUGAAUAUCCAUUUAAACCACCAAACAUGAAAUUUGAUACAAAGAUAUAUCAUCCUAAUAUAUCAUCUCAGACUGGUGCUAUCUGUUUAGAUAUUCUUAAGAAUGCCUGGACACCUAUUCUCACAUUGAAAUCAACUUUGAUAUCUUUACAGUCUCUGCUACAGGAUCCCGUGCCUACUGAUCCUCAAGAUGCACAAGUUGCGAAGGUGUACCUGGAAACACCUGAAAAAUUUGCAGAAACUGCUGCGAAAUGGACAAAAAUCUACGCUCCAAAUGAAAGCUAUAAGGUCCCAUCUGGCACGAAACCAUAUGAUUACAAGGAUUUUACAAAGCAUGCCUUGGCACAGGGACAUCCAAAGGAUGAAUGUGCCAAAUAUGGAAUUGAUAGAAAUAGUGUUAAGAUUUUUGAAGAUAUGGGCUUUCCACAGGACAAAAUCAUUUCCGCAUUUAGGAAGCUGAAUUUGAAGAAGGUCAGGGAAGAUGAUGUUCAAACACAGCAAAAUGUUUUGGAUGAAAUUCUCCAAUGA